AUGCAUGACAUUGAAUAUUUGCUGAGAUAUCUAUUGGAUAGUACAACCUUGAGGAUAGAGAGAUUAGAAGAUAUCACGAAUUCACAACAGGCGGCAGCAUUUGAAAAGAGGUUUGGAGACACAAGAAGAAUCAAGGCAUUCUGCAUGGAGAUAGGCCCCACAACCUACUUUCCUGUCUUCAAUGUCCCGCUAUCCCAGGGUUCGAUCACCCAUAAGGUUAAGCUUUGCUCGGUUGCUGUUGGAGAGUCGAUCUAUGUGUCUAAGGAGUAUGUCAAGCAGAUGAAUCCUCCAGGACACUAUAACUCCUUUAUCACUAGCGACCUGGGAUAUCAGGUGGGGUUUUUAUCCGAGUCCCAAGCAGACAUAGGAAAUUACUGGUAUGUUGUCAAGGAUCCAAGCAAAAUCCUGCCUCUUUUUGACAUAACCUUUGAAUACGAUGCUGAGUUGGAAAUGAGGUCGAAGGGGAACUUUAUAUGCGACAGAUGCCGUAUGAACCAAUCAGUAUCCUUUUGCCCUGCAGAGCGGGCAAGCUUCUGUGCAGAAUGUGACGAGGAGGUCCACAGCGACCAUUUUCUCAAGCGGCACGUGAGGUACUACUUCAAUGAGGUUGGGAAGAAGAAGUUUAUUUACUGUGCCAGCCAUAUGGAUACAAUGGUGGACUACUUUUGUGAAGAAUGCUUUGUUCCCGUUUGUACUAAGUGCAAGAUAAGCGGGAAUCAUUCUGAGCUUCCAAACGGAUCACACAGCCUACUGAACUACGUAGAGGCGUGUGACAAGCUUCAGGAACUUUUGAAGGCAGGAGAGCUCCGACUGGUUGAAGAGGAGGAAAGACUCAAAGAAAACAUAAGAGAGUUCAAAAAGAAUGUCGAGGCUUUCCAAAGCAACAUCAGCAGCGUAAGAGAUAAAAUCGAGAGCGAAUAUAGAAAUGCCAUGAACGAACUGCAGGCAUUUGAAAAAAGGGAGUUCCAGAUUGUAAACACUCGGUAUAUCUCAUAUCUUAGCAAGCUAGCCGAGCUGAGAAGGAUGAGGGAGUACCCUGCUAGUCUUGAGCCUUCGCAGCUUCUUAGAACUUUCAGGAGUGUCACCAUACAGAGAGACUCGCUGGCGGAAAGCACCGACGAGGUGGUCUUUAAGCCGGCAGAAAUAUCACUAAAGGGCCGUCUCACCCUUAAGGACGAAGAAAACUACACCACAAGAAAGGGAUACUUCCCAAGAAUGGAGAAAAGCACCCAGCUCUAUGUGGAGACAAGAGGAAUCAAUGUUAAUUCGCAUGGUAAAAGUAAAUAA